GGCACUAUUAUGUGCCUCUAAAAGUAUUACAUAUGCAACACAUAUAAAUUUGCCUCGAUAAGCAUAAUUAUGUGCUUCUAAAAGUAUUAGAUUUACUACACAUACAUAAUUUGCCUCUAUAGCAAUUAAGUUUUGAAACUCCAAAAGCUUUAUAACUACUAAUGAUUCCUUUGCCGCAAUAGGUAUUAUAUAUUUUUUUCUAUAACUAUUUCAUUUUUUCAUUUUGGACUGGCGGGCUUAGUUCCCACUUCCCACUCCCAUUUCAAAUUUUUUCAUUUUCAUCUCCCACUCCCAGACCUCUUCCUUAAAAAGUUCCAAUUAGAGGGAAAGAGAGCAUAUCAUCCAUACCCCAAAUCAAUAUAUCUUCACACCCCAAACCCUUCUCCCCGUUAGUCAUCGCUAGCCCAAACCCUAGAUUUCUCCCACCGCCCUCCCAACCAUGCCGUACAAUCCGGCCGAGAGUCUCUUCCUCCAGGCGCAAGAACCAGAAGACCGCAUCUUCUUCUUGCCGGCGGCCUCUGCAUUAAUCGCUCGCCAACUAUGUAAGUCUAAUGUUCUGCUGUGCCUCUCACACACCCAUUCCUUUCCCUCGAGUUUCACCCAGUCUCCUGUUUCCUGUCCAGCGCUGGCCCCUAUUGACGGUAUUGAUUUCUUUUACCAGUUCACAGGUUCUGAGCUAAAUAUUGGGUUGGGGAAGGGGGUUCAGUUCAUUGAAAGGGACUUAGCGUAUAACCUUAUAGCAAAAAAAUUACACAUAUAAAGUAUUCUUAUUCCCAGUUUGAUGGGUUAUUUGUGGUUGGCUGGUUCAACUAUUGCAUUAGCUUGUUUUUAUUGUUUGGUUUCUCCAUUGUUAGUCCUGGAGCUUGUUCCAUUUUUCUCAUCUAGUUUGGAUUUGUGACAGUGGCUGUUUGAAGAUGUGAUUGGGUGGUGCUGUUGUCGGCUUUGUCAUCUGGAGAAGCAGUUUGUAAAGGGAUUAACGAUGGCAACUUGAUGUCUCUCCUGAGAGCUUAGAGUAAUGGUGGGUGAUGUUAAGUUUGAGUAGCUUAGGAAGCUUGGCUAGUUGUAUUUAUAUUAUGUUUUUUUUUUGCAUUCAUUUUGAAGGAACUAAGUUGAUUGCUUGGAAAUGUUUUAUGUUUGAUACUGUAAUUUUUUCAAAGUCACUGCUGCAAUUCGCUGAGCAAUCUUGUAGCUUAGCAAACUUAGCUAGUUGAUUGCACACCAGGUUGUGUCAUAGUGUUGUGUGAUUGUGUCUCACUAGUUCUGUUUUCCCUUGUCAUACUCUUUUUCUUUGGUUUCUCUGUUUCAGGUAAUGCUGCUUGAAGUGUUCUGUGCAGGCUGCAAUCUCAGGGUGCUCUACCAGAUUGUGCAGCUCUAUUUCUACUAACCCAUAGCAAGUAUGUGAAUUAUUUUCUCUUUCCCUAACUCUGUUUAUGUAUGGAAAUUUGCUCUUUUGAAAUUUGGUUGCUGCGUGCUUUGUUUUUGGACAGAAUAGGGGGAGCUUGUUAUUUCAAGUUUAUGAUGUCCCCCCUGCUCAGGCUUAUGUAAAUUGCUUUGAUUCAAGCUUAUGUAGACUGUUAUGUUCAUAUUAAAGUUCUUAUAUGAAUGAGUCAUGAGUUGCAUCAGUUUCUUUUCCUUUUUUACAACUUUAUGAACUAGUUUGCAUGCUUGUGAUAGAUGUAUUCUGCUCAAUAAUCAUUAUAAUCAUAGUCUAAUAGUGAGUUAGUUUGCCCAUAUGUUUUUUUGAAUGCCGGAGCUGCUACUGUAAUGAAAUUUGGUCCAUCAAGCACCACCUUGUGAAUGAAUGAAUGAAUAGACCAUGGAAUUUGUCAAUUCUUAACACAAUGAACCUGCAGAAUUACAGAUUGUAAUGAACUUAAAAGUUUGUUAGUUUGUUUUCUUGAAUGGAGUUUUCAAAAUAUGAGUAAGCUGACCUUUUGUUUGUAAUUUGCAGUUACACCAUUAUCCUUGCAACUAUAACAACAUAUGGUGGGAGGUUUGGAAACUUUGGCAGGUUGUAAUUUACGAGCUAUUUGCCACAUGAAUUAGCUUACAUCAAGGUUGUCAAACCGGUUUAUGCCAGUGUGCCGGUUUAGCAAGUGGAAUGGUUCAAUCGGUGGCACAUACCGGUCAAUAUUACUAUUAAAAUUAUAAAUGCUCAUAUUUAAACAUGACAUUUAACGUCAAUACCUAAGCAUUUAUACUUGAAUCGAACAAAUAACAUCAAUAUUUAAUUUUUAUACUCAUAAAAUAAAUAAUAAAAUAAUUUUAUCAAUUAAAUUCUCUAAAAUAAAUUCAUUUACUUAGAGAUUCGUAUAUCGAUCAUGCCGAUCAUACCGGUGGUGUCAUGCCGGUACCGGUUGAACCCGGUACAACUAGUGGCACGCCGGCCGGCGUGACAACCGUGGCUUACAUCAUUUUUGUAGCAGUAAAGUAGGAUUUUAUAUUCAAGCAGGUGUUGUAGUGAAAUGGCAAUAAAGAAAUAUAUAUUAUUCCAUUGUGAUUGAUAGUAGCUUGUCAGAAACUAGCUUUGUUUUUUUGUCAGUUAGAAGCUAGGAUGUACACCAGGAAACUCAGGUAUAUAUGUAUAUUAAAAAUCCUUGGUCGAAGUUGUUUAUUGUAACAUAACGAUGGAAUUCCAUGUCCCUCAGCUCGUCAUUGCUAUAUAGAUUAGUGUUAUUGUUAUCAAUGACGAUAAUAAUUCGUUGUUAACAGUACUAAAAAUGGACCAUUGUCCAUUGUUAACAACUAUCAACGACGGAAUUUGGCUCGUAAACAACAGAUUUUUCUGUCUUUAAUGACUGUUUUUCUUGUAGUGUGUAUUAGCCUCAAUAGAUUAAUUUCACAAGCAAAUCUAUUUGCCUCUAAAGAUAAUAUUAGAGGAAAAUAUUUAUGUCUUUAAUAGAGAAUACAAGGCAAAAUAAAAGUGACAUUAGCAGCUAAAAUAUUAGCUACAAAAUCUCUAAUCAGCAACAGAUAAUAUAUGCCGCUAUAUUUGCCUCUGUAGGGCUAAAGCCACUCGAGUAUUUGAGGCAAAUAAUGGUUGUAUAGAGGCAAAUUUUCAUAGUCGCUAAUAGAAGAGCUACUGGAGUGAAAAAGGAGAGCCACCUUGGGGUGAGAAAAUUAGGGCUUGAGAGAGCUUCAUUGAAGAUCCAUUCAACCCAAGGAGCAAAAGAAGGUGCAAGCAAAGGAGAAGAAGCUUGAUUUCAUCAUUCCCCUCUUCUAGUUUGUAUUUUCUUCUUCUCUCUAAUAACUUGAAUCUCUAGUGGUUGUUUAGGGUAGAUGAAUCCUAGUUGUAGGUUGUGAAUGUUUGUGUUCUGAAUGAAUGAUUGUGUUUGUCUAGUUGAUUUUAAUGUCAAUCUCUCCUAAAUGAUGACGCUUGGGUAAUUUGCCCUAAUCUUCCCUCUUAGCCUACUUUAUGCUACCGCGCUGGGUACAAAGUUAUAGGGUUAGACGGGUAUGCGCCAAAUGGCGAGUUUAGGUUAGAUCUGCCAAUGGGAGCCUAUAGUGGUCGAGGCGACCAAACCCUUGCUAUAGGUAGCCUUUAUAGAUGAAACCCGAGAUGAAACCUCUGUGUGGACGGUGGAUAGUGUCCAUUGAAAUGAGCCAUAAUUUUAAUGUCCCAGAUACGAUAGCCUAGAUCUCGGUGACUGGAACAAGGGUUUAAGGAAUGCGUAGUCGGAGGCAUGUGGAUAACCAAUAAAGCCCACGGAAAAGAGCUCACUCACCACAUUCGAUUAACCCUACUUUAAAAACUUAGCUAAGAGGAUUCGACCCUAGGAAACCAUUUCAUCUCUAGAGUUCUCCCAACCACUUGGUUGGUUGUUUAUUUUGCCUUAGGAGUAGGUUAAUUUAGCUAAAACCACUCACCAAACUUCCAUCCCGAUUAGGUAGUAGUUCGGAGCGAAGUAAUAAUUAAUACACUUAGGGCUCCCUUGGGAUACGACCGAGCCACUUUAGUACAACCGUAGCUAGGUUAGACUUGGGUUAGUUAGGAUUGAUAGAGAGUGUGUUUCGACUUUAUAAAUUUAAAGCUCGAUCGCGCACCGGAGCACGAUCAACUAUGGAUUUUGGCUCAAUGUCGUUUGGCCAAGUUUCUGCGUAGCGGGAGCGAUUUCUUGUGCACGUGAGUAUCACACAACAAGGUGGAGGUUUACUUGCAUAGUUGAGAAUUGGAGAACGAAGGAGACAAAGACGCGAAUGUGGUUACUGCGACUACGAGCAGAAGAUUGGGGUAUAAAUAUCAGGAAGAGAGAGAAGGUGUGGACGGCAAAAUCAAAUCACAAACUGCACCGUCGCAGACUUAACCUUUUUUCUCUCUAGUUCGUAGAACCGCUCUGUCAAAGAUCUCCUUUGCAGAGUCAUAGAUCGUAGACGUAGUCGUACUCGCGGAGCUCUUCAGAGGAACCUCAACAGGAGUAGAAGUAACGUAGCUUAGAAAUCCUCCUCGUUUCCUCGUUGUUCGUAGAACACCCUCGUUCGAACAUUGUUUGAAGAGGUGUGAACCGAGUAACGGUCUUUUGGUUCUUUAAUCUUGUGUUCUUGUUUUAUUUGAAAGCAUAGCGCAUUAAACACGCUAGUUUCCACAGCGAAACAAGAACUUUAGACGAUGAUUCACAUAAUAUAUGGACUUGCUGGCAUGUGUACCAUGUACAGCAAACGAAUAAUGGAUAUUGAAUUCAGGGAAGAGAUUUGAUUCCAGAGCAUCAAACAACGCAACGUAACUUUCUUCUGUGGCCAGGCCAGGCCAUGAUCAGUAUUCAGUAGUUCAGUAGUUCAACCCAAGAGAUUUGCUUACCAGUUCUCUCUCUCUCUCUCUCUCUCUCUCUCUCUCUCUCUCUCUCUCUCUCUCUCUCUCGUCAUUUUUGUUGUUUGCAUCAAUUUUGAGUCAUAUGACAAGUCCCAGUCGAAAAUGUGGAGCCCAUAGCUCAGUGGAGAAGUUCAACUAAAGAAAGAAAAGCACUGAAUACACCAAGUAUUACGCCUACUGUUCACUGCUAGCUGACGCUGACAUACAUAGCCCUCAUGCCUCCUCCUGGCCUCUUCGCUUGGCUUAACUUGUUCAUAAAUCAUGACUCCCCUCGCUCAACUCAACUACCUCCCACUUCCCACGUUAAAUGCUAUCUCUAUUUUCAACCUUUACCAACCUACCUAGCAUGGUAACAACUAUAAUCCAUCUGCUAGCACAGCGUUAUGAAUGUUGAUGCCAAUUUGUGAAUACGAUGAAUCAAGUUCAACUACUGGCUAGUAUUACAUGUUGCUCUUGGCCUGGUAAAAACCCUCUACGGGUCGUUUGUUUCAUGUUGCUUGUUGUAUUUGAUUAUGAAUUUUGUUUGAUUAGCUUUGUGGAUAUGAAAUAUAAAUGGUUGGCGAGGAGGCGAUGAACAGUGGACCAGUGGAGGAGGAUCGUGGAUAUGAAAUGGUGGAACAGGUUCUUUAGGUUUUGCCGACAAUGACGGCGGCGCGGCGCGAUGAAGGGCUGGAGAAGCGGGGGUCGAGUGAGGAGAGAGGAGACCAAGAGAUUUUUGUUUCUUAUAAUUUCUGUUAGUUUAUUCAUUUUUAUGUAAAAAUAAAUAAUAAAAUUCCACGUCAGAUGCCACAUCAACGCUGACUAGGCUUUCUGUUAACAACUAACGGUCAACGGCAGUCAACUCUAACGGAAAAAUAGUUUAAGACACAAAUGUAAUGUCGAAUACUUUAUGACACAAAUGACACAUUCUUAAUAGUUCGGGUUUCCUAGUGGUAUUAGCCCUAGAUUUUAAUCCAUCACUCAAAUCCCACUUCAAGAGGUGGAACUUCCGAAUUCGUGAAGUCCACGGAUUUGGACCCCCAAAGUCUGUGGGCCUCACAGACUCCAUCUUCCUAAUUCUCUAAGACAAACAAUGAAUUUCAGUUCAAGUCCAUGAUAGAUAGAUUUUCAUGAUCAAAUCUAUCGUCAAAAUCCUAAGCACACUACCUGUAAACCAAAGCGUGCAGAUGAACAAGCAUUAUUGAAUAGGCACAUGGUGAAUCACUUUACUUCAACACUUUUAACAAAUUAACCAUAAGGAUCUUAUCAACUUCCCCUAGAUAAUAAUAGUAAAUUACAAUACAAGAAAACUUAGCUAGAUUAGAUAGUUGCAUCGAAAUUUUAAAUGUAACGCUUAGAGGGGGAUGAUAUAUAAUACCCGUUCUUAGAUGGGGUUUGGUACUCAUCAGUGAGAAAGGCUAAUAAUUAUUAAUUAAAAGAUGAUUAGUAAAAUUAACGCUAAUUGAGGAGGAUUAACUGCAUGCAUGCAUGCAAGCAUAUGUUUAAUUCACCAUAAUUAAACCAAUUGCCUUCCACAACAAUAUAAUAAUAAUAAUUAAUACAGAUGCUUGCUUUGGGGUGACAUAAAACUUGUCCUUAAUUUUUGUGGACUUCGAUAAGUUCACCCACUUAAGAAGAAGAGUGAGCUUGACGAUGCUGAAGAAGAAGACGAGGCAGCCGUGCCUUGAUGAUACGGCCUUUGCUUGAAGCAGUCCAGAAACAUCCUGGGAGGCGACACAGCCACCGUCACCGACGACGAAGAUUGAACACCGGAGUCCGACGGCGACCCUGCGCCAGCAAAGAUUUUUCAAAACGCAGGGAAGUAAUAAGAUAGCUAGCUUAAUUAAUUAUGGAUUCUGUUGAUGAUUAUCCUCACUUGCAGUAGUGAGGUUAUGAGAAGGAGAGUCGUCGGCGGGCCCGGUUUCCUUGAGUGCCGCUGCUGCCUCCUGGCUCUGCUGCAGGGUGUUAACGGCGUUCUGGUGCGACUUUCGCCUGCGACGGUUGUGAUCAGCGAGUCUCUUUCUGCAGCUCCGCUUCCCGUUGUCAAACUCCGUCAGAACAUGGAAUCUGACCAAUCCAAAAAGGGCGUUGGUUAACUUGAACAAAUAAUUAAUAUAUUAGCUAAAGAUCAUAAUUUUCAUUAUUACUAUAAUUAAGAUAUUAUUAGAUAUGGUUAGUAGUCAUUGAGUCGUAUUAGAAUAGUCUAUUAGGUUGUUCCUUCAUUUAUAAUGAAUCAAGAACAUACCUGUUAUCUCAAUCCUCUUAAUUCCAGAUCUCAAUCCUUCUAAAAACCUAGACCGAUUCACUAUCCUUCUCUUCUCAAAUCCCUAAUUCUAGAAAUCGGCUCUAUGUCAUCGUUAUGAUUCUGAGUUAUAAUAACUCGUGUUGUGGGAGACAAAUGCCCUUGGUACGGCCCCCGAAUAGAUGUGGAGGGUGUUUCCGUCAUUUCGUUUCGCGCUAGCUAGAAGGCAGGAAGAUAUGAUCUCCCGACGAUGCGAAUAAUUAACUG